AUGGAGGAUUGCUCCUUUGUCUUCAUAGACAUUAUCAUAGAAUGCAGAAAAAGGCAACUUAAAGAACUAGAUCAAGAAAUAAAGGGAAUACAAAACAUUUUGGAACCACUAUUGGAGGAUGACAAUUCACAAGAAAAAAUUACGAAAAUAUCGGACAGUGUGGACAGAUUAGAAGAAGACAUUAAGAAAAUUAAAAAGAAAAAGUUUAUACGGGAUAUGGAAGAUUAUAAGAACGAUAGAGUAAGAAAUUUUCACAAGAAGUAUAACACCCACUAUCAGGAAGAAAAAAGUAUAUACGAUCAAUCGAAGGACAACUACCAAGCUCCUAAAUGGAAUUGGAAACAAGGUAAUAGCCGCAAUUCCAAUGAUAGAAGACCACUGCAAGGACAAUAUAGAGAGAGAAACCCUAACCUGAUACCACUCAAUAGGAAUAGAAGGACGAAUGAGAAUUGGAAAAAUCCUCAUGUGAAUAUGAAAGAAGAUCAAAUAGCGAGAAGCAAAACACAAUCUACAGAAUACAGAGGAAUGGAAAGACCAGAUAGGCAGAGCAAAGGAAAUGAAAACCCCAGAACAGCAAGUAAGAUGGGAGGAUACAAAUCCAAUAAAAUGACAUACCCAAAUAGAGAGAAAGCAAAAGAACCAAGACAAGAAAAUAUGGGCGAGAUAAGAAGAUGGGAAGAAAGCAGUAUUGUGCCGAGAACUAGCAACACUGUGACAAUACAAGCAGAGAUCCAUAAUCCCUCUAGAGAGGAGGUUUUUUUUUGUUUGUUUUUUUUUUAGGCAAGAACACAAGAGAAAUCACAUCAUGGUUUCAUCCAGUGACACCAAAAAGGAAGAAAAGAAAAAGUUCAAACUCAGAGGAGAUAGAGGAGGCAGAAGAACAAGAAACAAACAGAAAAAGAAACAAGAAGAACAGUCAGUAG